AUGUUGAAUGCUAAUAGAACAGAUUGGUCAAGGAGGCUUCAUGAUGCUUUUUGGGAUUACCCGACUGCAUACAAGACCCCCAUAGGUAUGUACCCACAUCAACUUGUAUAUGGUAAGUCUUUUCACUUGCCUGUUGAGUUAGAGCACAAGGUCAUGUGGGCGAUAAAGAAACCGAAGAUGGAUUGGAAUGAAGUAGUCGAACAGAGACUUUAUGGGUUGAUUGAUCUUGAUGAGUUUUGCCUAAAAGCAUAUGAAAUACCAUCCAUCUACAGAGAGAAGAUGAAGAAGUACCAUGACCAAAAGAUUGAGAAGCGCGAAUUUGCGAUUGGGGACUUGUUGCUUCUAUUCAACUCUAGGCUACGCUUGUUGCCGGGUAAACUCAAAUUUAAAUGGACUGGACCAUUCUUAAUUACUAAAGUGUACCCACAUGGAGCGGUUGAGUUGCAGAACAAAGAGGGUGCAAGGUUUACGUUAAAUGGCAAAAAAUCAAGAGCUAUUAAGGGCAUGCGGAGAGUGUCUAUGAAGUGGUUGAAGCAUAUCGCCUUGAUGAAGUCUGAGUAA